AUGAAUCCAAGCAUCGGUCAUCCCUUAUACGAUUCCAAGCAUCUCCAAGGUUCCAUCGAUCUUCAUCAUCAUUCACCAAUUAUCAUCUUCUCAAUUCUCAAGUUGACAUCUUCAUAUUUUGCUUCAAUGAUUCGAACUAUGGAUGCUCAUGAAGAUCAAGACUUGAAUAGGUUACCAAAUGUACCAUCAUCAAGAUACCGAAACUCAGAUGUUCAUGAUGCCAAUAAUGAAGAUGGUAAUCCGGCUAAUUGGAUUGGAAAAGACUUUGAUGACCAAAUCCAAUGUUUCAGAAAACUGUGGGAAGGAUACCAUCGCAUUCAGAAUUUGAGAUGA